GCCUGCGUGCCGUUACGCUGUGACGACAUGGAAGAGCAGCGGGUCCCGAUUGCUGCAGCCGCUUGUCAUUGUGACGAAGAUUGGCACUAAGUUUAGUGGAGCUGAAGAUCAGCUUUAUAGAAUGCCCAAGCGUUGUCCACAGCAACAGUAACUAUGAUGACAUCCCCAUCGGUGUCCAUGGAGGAUUACCAAGAGGCUGAGCAGAUGCAAGUGGGAGAGCAGACGGCGGGACAAGUGGAGGAGAGGUUGGAGGAAGAGGAGGAGAGAGAGGAAGAGGAGAGCAGCUCAGCACCGUCUGAGCCACAAACUCCUAUGGAGGUUGACAAGACGGCCAUUUACAGACACCCCUUGUUCCCCCUGCUGGCGCUGCUCUUUGAGAAAUGCGAGCAAUCCACUCAGAGCUCGGAGUGCGUGACCUCGGCCAGCUUCGAUGUGGAUAUCGAGAACUUUGUGCGAAACCAGGAGAAAGAAGGCAAGGCUUUCUUCAGUGAGGACCCCGAUUUGGACAAUCUGAUGGUGAAGGCCAUCCAGGUGUUACGGAUUCACCUGCUGGAGCUGGAGAAGGUGAAUGACCUGUGUAAAGAUUUCUGCAGCCGCUACAUCGCCUGCCUCAAGACCAAGAUGAACAGCGAGACGCUGCUCAGUGGAGAGCCAGGAAGCCCGUACUCCCCAACACAGACACAGGUACGCUCAAAAACACUGUCGAAAUCUGUCUCCAUCUCCACUCAGGAAAUAACCGCUCUGCACAUGUUCUCCUCACAGCCGCCGACCUCGUUCUCUGGAGCCUUGAGUCCCCACGGUAUUGUAGUGCCAGCGUCGGCUUUACAGCAAGGCAACGUUACCGUCACAGCCGUAAACCCCACACAGGUGCUAACAGGUGGUACAGUGUAUCAGCCUGUUACAGUUGUUACUCCACAGGGGCAGGUGGUCACACAGACUCUGUCACCUGGAACAAUACGCAUCCAGAACUCACAGCUUCAGCUGCAGUUGAACCAGGAUCUAAACUUUUUCAGUCAGGAGGACAAUUCGUCUAAGGCCAAGAGAGGCAUCCUUCCCAAACACGCCACCAAUGUCAUGCGUUCUUGGCUCUUCCAGCACAUCGGUCACCCUUACCCUACAGAAGAUGAGAAGAAACAGAUCGCCCUGCAGACCAACCUCACCCUGCUGCAGGUUAACAACUGGUUUAUUAACGCACGCCGACGGAUCCUUCAGCCCAUGCUGGACGCCAGCUCCUCGGACACACCCAAGAGCAAAAAGAAGACGCCCCAAACGCGCCCCCUACAACGCUUCUGGCCCAACUCCCUCGCCUCCUCUGUGUCCCAGCAACAGGUCACCAUGGAAGACGGUACUACGGUAACAGUCGGUGUGGGUGAGGACGGCCUACAGACGCUCUCAUCAGAUGGAGCAACGCUGGCCAUGCAGCAGGUCCUGAUGGGAGGUCACAGCGAGGAGGAUGAUGAUGAUGACGAAGAGGACGAAGAGGGCGAGGACAAUGAUCCUUCCCACUCCGAUAUGACCAGGCUGGGCCUGGAGACCAGCGACUCGCUGUAGUAGGAUUGAACGACUCACACACACACACACACACACACACACAGUUAGUAUAGAGAGAGACAUUUAAGGCGCAUCAGAGCACUAAGAAGAAAGAGACAUUCACACAAACACCUCGGCUGACGUGUUGAAGAUCACAGAACAUCCCCGAGCUGUCAAACAGCUCAUUUGAAGUACAGAGAACGGGCUUAAAGCCACACACACACCGAAACAACCCACACACACAGGUCAAAAUGAAGACACAAGCACAAGUCUCUCUCACGGCGGAACGCACGCAUAAUUUCCGACGCAGUUAGCCGAGUGCACUUUUUGUAUGAUACUGUAAACUUAAAGGAAGUGUUCAAAGCACAUUUUGAAAGAGCUAAAAGGAAGGAAAGUAAAAAAAAAUGUUGAUGCUGGAUGAUUCAGUUGUACUUAUCCUCAUGGUCUGGGAUGCUAUGAUGAUGAGAUUUCGUCUCUUGCAUGCCUGUGUUUGCUUUAAUCAGGCACCAGAAAGAAGAAGGAACUAUUUUUAUAGUACACUUGUCACAAGUGAUCGGUGCCAAUUUGUUUGUUUUCUCCAGUUGUUUGUUUUGCUCUGGUUUGCUAUGUUUUGUAAGGAGUAUUUAUGUAUGAAAAAGACAAAAAAACACUUUUAACGUGCUCACCCUGUUUUGGAGGGGAUUGUGGUAACUACUUAGUACAAAGUACAAAGAAUGACUAUCCGCUGAAGGCAUAGACUCUGAAGCCUUAUGUUUUUACAUUUCUAAUGCCACAAUGUGAGACACUCUCAUAUUUAUGGAAGCUUAUUUCUUCUACAAGAUA